GGCGCGAAAAAUCAACCAAUAUCAUUGUAGGACGAGGCAUCGACGCGGGAAUCGAUGUUUGCGUUACCGGCUCAAUAUGUACGGUUCCCAGGAAGGCUUUCAAUUUCUUUGUUGAACUGAAUAGCCUUUUCCUAUGGACAACUUUGAUAGAAUAGAGAAGAUUGGAGAGGGGACCUAUGGAGUUGUUUAUAAAGCAAAAGAAAAAGAUACUGGACGUGUGGUAGCCCUAAAAAAGAUUCGCCUUGACUCAGAGUCUGAGGGAGUGCCAAGUACAGCAAUCAGGGAAAUUUCUUUGCUGAAAGAACUAUCGCAUCCCAACGUGGUCAAUCUAUUUGAUGUAGUCCAUAGCAAAAAUAGCCUGUAUAUGGUCUUUGAAUUUGUGAAUCAAGAUCUCAAGAAAUACAUGGAYUCCCUGCCAGCCAGUGGUAUGAACAUGGCUCUUGUCAAGAGCUACUUGUAUCAGCUGUUGAGUGGCAUUGCAUUUUGUCAUUCCCACCGAAUACUACACAGAGAUCUAAAACCCCAAAAUCUCCUAAUAGACAAGAAUGGAGCAAUAAAACUGGCUGACUUUGGUCUAGCAAGAACAAUAGGAGUSCCCGUAAGAACAUACACUCAUGARGURGUCACAUUAUGGUACAGAGCACCAGAAAUAUUACUUGGUACAAGAUAUUACUCCACACCGGUGGAUGUGUGGAGUUUAGGUUGUAUAUUUGCUGAAAUGAUAACAAGAAGAGCACUCUUCCCUGGUGAUUCAGAAAUUGAUCAGUUGUUUAGAAUAUUCAGAACACUUGGUACACCAGAUGAUAAUAUCUGGCCAGGAGUGUCCGACAUGCCAGAUUAUAAAAAGUCAUUUCCAAAAUGGCCAGUUCAGUCAUUGAAUAAUGUGAUCCCAUCAUUACAGGAUUCAGCUAUUGAUAUUCUGCAGCAAAUGUUGACUUACGAACCCAACACAAGAAUCUCAGCUAAAUUAGCAAUGAACCAUGAGUUCUUCAAAGAUGUACAGAGACAGUCUAUCAUUCCAUUUUGAUGUAUCCCAGUGUGCAGACCUUUUUGAUGAUGCCCUCAUAUUUUGGAUUGAAUUCCUAUUAUUUGAAUAUCUGAGUGUUGGCGUGUCUGCCAAUUUAAAAAAUAUAUAUGUGUACAGGUACAUAUUGUACAUAACUGCUCUMGAGACACCAGUGGCUGGUUGUAUGAAUGAUGGAUAAAUCAGCCUUUGGUUUUAGGUAAACAACUUGGAAAAUUGGAACAUUAACGAGUGGUAGAUUUGGGUUGUAAUUURUAUGAUGUUCUGAAUUGAAAUUGUGGCUAAAUAAAUACUAGAUAUGUAUCCCUUCUUGUCACAGGGAUUUUGAUUCAGAACUUUGCAAUAACACACCAACUCUGCUGCUCUUGAAUGUCUAAACUUUACAAGUUUGUUUAUAUUGGGCCCCAAGAGGUGAAUUAMAGCCAUCUAAUCCAUAGAUUUUUUGUAUGGCAUUGUCAGCUAUAAUUGGAUUUUAUCCAGUUGAUAAAGAUUUAUCAAGUGUAUAGCUGUAUUCAUCUUCCAUACAACUUCUCCCUGGGUAUACUGGUCCAUAGAGAUUUUCUGACAACAAUGAUUGUAUCUGUGCCAUGUACAGUACUGGUAAUUGUAUCAUAUUAGGUCAGACUAGGAUACAUUUAGUGUGCUACAUUUGUAAAAACUGUAUGUACAUGUACAUAGAUCCUCCAUAUUUUUUUUCACUGAGUUAAAUCACUGCAUUAGUAUCAAAGUGUGAUUUACAGGACWCAGUCAUGUAGCAGGCUACAUGUAUCUUCAUUUAUCUUGGUCUUUCCUGAUUUUCUUGGAAGCUAAUGAGAAAAAUUAAUUGUAGUCAAAAUUGGGUGCAAACAAUACAAAAAUCUGUACUAUUUUUAUAUACUUACAUGUAUUACUAAUUGUCCAACUAGCACUGUUCUAAUAGUUAUUGUGUUAUGGAUUUAUUGUUUGCACUCUAUUGUUGAAUACACAGUGUGUAGAUAAAACCUCAUAUCUUAUCCAACUUGUAUAUAGAAAAAUGUAGAUGGCUGACAUUAUAUAAUCAAAUCAUCCAGAAAUAACUAUAAAUCUUGCAUGUUCAUGUAACACUACAACACAGGCUGUCAAUCUAAGUGUUUUUGCCAUAUCACAGCUGUAUAGUACAGUUCAAAGGGCUUGUUUACCUUAGGUAGGGACGCCUCUUGAGCAAGAGUUACCUCUUAGACACCUCUCCCUAGGCCUUGUGUAAACAGAAUUUUAUAAUUCAAGCUCUUUGGCCUGAUAAAGGCCGGAUGUAGCCUGUGGUUUGAAUUAUUGUUAUUGGUAUGGUAUCAGGGCUGAAUAAUGAAAACUGCAAAUUAAAGCAGGAAUUCUAUCAAUAUUAUUAAGAUAUCCAAUCUACAAUAUUCUUUGGUUACAUUAUCAGGUUCGUACUAAUCUUUGAAAGAAAAUCGGCAAAACUCUUUCAUUGACACAAGGGCUUUUUCAAAAUCACCGUCAGAAUCAAUGAAAGUUAUUGAACAUCCCUGGAGUUUUGUGAUGAAAAUGCAGCACAACUCCUGACAGUUUUUCUUUCAACUGCAAAAUAGUCUUUGAAAAGAGAGUUUUUGUGCUUUAAAAGUUCUGGAAUUUUUCUGAUGAAAAUGUGGUAUGAACUCUGUAUUAAUUUUUGAAUUCAGCUCAGAUUCAGMUGAAUAACCAAUAUUUAAUUUUUAGAACUCGUUUGUUCGUUUCCACACCUUUCUGUUGGAUGUGACACAUUACAAUGCAACUAUCUUAUGACAGAAUUUGAAUUUUCUUCUGGUCAUUCAAUAAGCAUUCCUUCAAUUAUCAUUUCUUAAGAUUCUACAAAUGCUUUGAUUUAUAUUAGAAUAAUCAUUAUUAUAUAAACCUAAAUAUUGAGCUGGAUUUGGUAAACUAUUUACCUUCAACAUUAA